AUUGCAACAUUUAUGAUUGUGAUUUUGUAUAAUUCUCAUCUUAAAAAUUCAAAUUGUUUUUAGUUUUAAAUUACUUCUGCAAGAUUUUGACUAUGGUGGCAAUUGACAUCUUCCCGUACUUCAUAGUAUAAUGUCGAGAAAGAGGCUGCGAGGAGAAGACAAUAUAAAGUUGAAUAUGGCGGAUGCCAUGAGCACAUGCAGCGCGGGCGCAGGCGAGGGGCAGGGAAGUGCGCUGCAGGCGCAGAAUGGCAGCGACACCAGCUUCUGCAGCUCCAGUCGGACCCUCGAGCUUUCACAGUCGUUGAGGUUCGCGGCGCCGUUCAGCACAGACCCUAUGGCGGUGGCGGAGCGCGAGCGGUGCGCGUACGGGCGCGUGUCGCGCGCGGCGGCCGAGGCGGGCACGGCGGGCCGCCGCGUGCGCGUCUACUCGGAUGGCAUCUACGACGUGUUCCACCAAGGUCACGCGCGCCAGCUGCAGCAGGCCAAGACUGUCUUUCCCAACGUCUACCUCAUCGUCGGAGUGUGCAACGACCAGCUGACGCACAGCCGCAAGGGCCGCACGGUGAUGACGGAGGACGAGCGCUACGAGGCCGUCCGACACUGCCGCUACGUCGACGAGGUGGUGCGGGACGCGCCGUGGGAAUACGACGAGUCGUUCAUGGAGACGCACAAGAUCGACUUCGUGGCGCACGACGACAUCCCCUACAUCACCGAGGACUGUGACGACACCUACGCCAUAUUCAAAGCCAAGGACAUGUUCGUCGCCACCGAGCGCACCGAAGGCGUGUCGACGUCGGACAUCGUGGCGCGGAUCGUGCGCGACUACGACAUCUACGUGCGGCGCAACCUGGCGCGCGGCUACUCCGCCAAGGAGCUCAACGUGUCCUUCCUCAACGAGAAGAAGUUCCGUCUGCAGAACAAGAUGGACGAGCUCAAGGACAAGGGCAAGAAGGUAAUGACGAACAUCGGCGAGAAGCGCGUCGACAUCCUGACGAAGUGGGAGGAGAAGUCGCGCGAGCUGAUCGACGCGUUCCUGCUGCUGUUCGGGCCGGACGGGCGCCUGUCCAGCAUCUGGAACGAGUCCAAGGGGCGGCUCAUGCAGGCGCUCAGCCAGCCGCCGUCGCCGCGCGCCUCGCCGCCGCCCAGCGAGAACGGCGACGACUCCCAGGACCGCGCGCUCGCGCUCGCCUCCGCACACGCCUCCGCGCCCGCGCUCGCGCGCGCCCUUGCGCACGCUCGCGCGCACAGAAGCUCAGCAUCGCCGCCACCGCCCAAAUCGCGCCGCUACGAGACGCUGUGCGAGCCGCAAGCAGGUAACUGGAUGCGUCGAGCCCUGAAGGUCUGGGGGCGGAAGCGGCCGUGCUCCGCCAGCUGACGGACGACGGCUCGGACAGCGACGACGACUACCAGGACACCAGCGCCUACCCCUAGGCUCCGCCACGGCCGCAGCCGCUACCGCCACCGGCACCGAUGUAC